GGGAUAUAGAUAGUAGAUCCUCAUUUUGUUAGAGGGACACCCGGCAACACACAUCUCCUCUGUUGCUUAUGACCCAGGAAUCAUGAUAUUUUUAUUUUUGCUCUUUAGUCUUUAUUUAAUUGAGACUGAAUCUCUCACCAUCUGCUCUUUUAAUGUCAGAUCCUUUGGAGAAGCAAAAUGUGCCAAACCCGAGGUGAUGGCCCUCAUUGUGAAGGUAUGUUCUCAUUUUCAACCUACUAUCAGAUCAGCAAAUACAAAAUGUUUCCAUCAUGUACAGGCUAGUUCGAUAGAACAAUUUUUUCUUCAACACUUAACAAUUUUUUAAUGGCUUUACCAAUAUACUCAGAGUUUCCCAACUAUAUAUUUUUGAGGGGGUGCUCACUAAUGCAUACUUUGUAUGGUAAAUGCAGGAUGAUUUAUAUUGGCAUAUCCCUAAGGUUCACUAAUUUCAGACUGGUAUGUGGAUUAUGAGCACUUACAUAAGACUUGAUUUAAAAGCUGAUUUUGCAAAGAGUUCAUAAGGUCUUAAAUGUUGAAGGAUAUAGAAUUGUAGAAUCAUAUAUUGUGCCAGCAGAUGAGAAGUAGUCAACCCAUCGAAUCCACUCGUUUUAAAUUCUCAGACUUGUUUUGCUUAUUUGUACUUCUGCAUAACUUUAUGAACAUCCAAAGCAAUCUUAAACAUUUUUAAAAUAUUUUUCAUAAUAAAAAGUCAUUUUAAAAGUGUAUCCAAAAAAUAUAAAAUCACUUAGAAAGCAUUUUUAACAAUAUUAAAUCAAAAGUCACUAAAACAUUAAAAAUUAUGGUGCAACUUGGGACCACAUUUGCACAAAGAUAAAAAAAUAUAUAUAUAUAUAUUAAAAAAUCUUGUUUUCAGAAAGGAAAAUCUUACAGCAAAUAUUUGUGCAAUCUUCUACAGAAACACUCGGACGAUGAAAAUAAAUACCGUAAAUAAAAAAAGAUCUUUAAAGGAAAUGUAUAUUGUUAGGAAUAUGAAACGGUUUUUCUAGUACCUUCUAGCCCCCUCUGCAUCCCCAGCCUCCAGUGGCAAAUAAAGGGUUAAAAAAACACCUUUACACUUACACGAUACUAGUGCCCCACUUGCCGAUGUUGGCAAGCCAACGCCAGCUGAUGGCAAGGAGUUGAUGCGCAGACACGGUGAGCAUUAGGCCAUUCCCAUUGGAUAGCAUUUCCUUAUUGAUUUCCUAUUGGGAUUUUUUAGACACUGGAUGUAUUCAUGCACAGAGUGAGAACCCCCGGCAUCGUUUCUCGGAGGCAAACAAGCAGGAAGCAGGCAGUUAAACAGUCUUAACCCUGCUAUGUAAACACUGCAGUUUCUCAAUGAGAUGAAGUGACAUGGGUGCCUAUAGUGUCCCUUUAAUAAAUCGGUUAUUAAACUUUUAAAUGAACAGGGUUUCUCCUCCAGCAGUAAAAUCUGUAAAUCACACCUUUCUUUAUUAUUUAUGGUUUCAUGUCAGAAAAACUCAAAAAAUCUGGAUACCUCUUAAACUCCCUAUCAUUAAAAAGACGAGAGGCUACACUGACUCUAGUACAGACUUGUAGGAUAGGUAGUAAACUAACAUUUCUGGGAAAUAUCUGAUGUCUCCAGGCAUUGUGCUAUUCAGUAAGAUCACACCUUUUUAUUGUAAUUUCUCUAUAAAUGUGGCAUUAGCAGAGGUUGCAACGUUGGUAUAAUGUUGGAAGACUUACGUCAGGUAUUGCUUAAGUUCAUUGUGAACUGAAUUACAGUCUGUUUUUUUUUUUUAAUUGGGCAGCCCAGGGACUCGAACGAUGUUUCUGCUUACAUAGGUUAUUAUUCAAGAAGGUGCUUUUUCCCUGUCUGCACAGAGUAUCUAUUGGUGUAAUACUUUGCAAAUAUAAUUGGCUUUAUAAUCCCUCCACCACUGGUGCAAGGAUUUUUGGCUGAACAGACAAACACUACGUUUGCCACCCCACAUCUGUACUUGAGUAGGAUUGUGUCACUCAACCUUCCUUUUUUGAAUUCACCCCCAUUUAUUGUCUCUUCCUCUCUCAUUUUGAUGCGGUUACCUCCUAUUAUAGCAUUGCGUUGUGGACGCCAUUAAAAGAUCUUCUUUCCCACUCCCUCCAGUCCAGUUACAUUAAGCAGCCCCUGUCAGACCAGCUAAAGGAAGAUCAGGGCUCGAUUCCUGCAGGAACGCUUGGGAACGGCAUUCCUGCACUUUGGUUAUAGAGGAAUGCCUGAUAGCUGGCGGUCCCCAAAGUGAAUAGCCGGAGAGCGGCGGUCCAUGUGCUGAUAGAAUGUGGAGAAGUUCCCAGUCUGAGCUCCGGAUAUUUUGUAACUCAGUGCGCAUGCCCAGUGACCGCCAGCCUGAUACCUAGUGUCGGUAUCCUGGCUAUCGCAUAGCAACAAAGUGAUGGGAAGGUGCAUCUUCUGCUAACCACUAUCAGGGAUUGUCUGCAGGCAGGAGGGGGAGAGGGACUCAGGUACACAGUGUGGGAGUGAGAGAGUGGAGGGUGAGAGGGACAGAGCAGGAACAGAGAGUGGGGGGUGAGUGACAGAUGUGGAGGGUGAGUGUGACAGAGGGGAGGGACAGAGAGUGGAGGGUGAGUGUGAGCAGGGAUAGAGAGUGGAGGGUGAGUGUGAGCAGGGAUAGAGAGUGGAGGGUGAGUGACAGAGAGGAAUGACAGAGAGUGGAGGGUGAGUGCGAGAGAGCAGGGAUAGAGAGUGGAGGGUGAAUGUGAGAGAGCAGGGAUAGCGUGUGAAUGGUGAGUGACAGAAAGUGGAGGAUGAGUGUGAGAGGGCAGGGAUAGAUAGGCAGGGCUGGAGUCCUGCAGGAACACAUGGGAAUGAUGGUGUUCUGAAUGGUGUUCCUGCUGAGGAAAAAGUGGUCAGGGCAAGGCAGUGGGGCAGUGUGUGCAUGUGUUUGGGUCAGUCUGUUUGUGUAUCAAUCCAUAUUUGAGUGUAUGGGUCAGUUUGGGUAUGGAUGGGUCAGUCUGUAAGUGUGUAUGGGUCAGUCUAUGUUUGUAUGGGUUAGUGUGUGUGUGUGUGUGUAUUUGUCAGUCUAUGUUUGUAUGGGUUAGUAUGUGUAUGGGUAAGUCUGUGUGUACUUGUGUGGGUUAGUGUGUAUGGGUCAGUCUGUGUGUGUAUGGAUCUGUGUUUGAGUGUAUGGGUCAGUCUAUGAGUGUGUAUGGGUCAAUCUGUGUGUGUGUGCGUGUGGGUCAGUCUGUUUUUGUGUGGGUAAGUCUGUGUGUAAUUGUAUGGGUUAGUGUGUGUAUCGGUCAGUUUGUGUGUGUAUGGAUAGAUCUGUUUGUGUUUAUGGGUCAGUGUGUGUGUGUAAAAUUCAGCCUGUGUUUGCAUGGGUUAGUGUGUGUGUGUGUGUGUGUAUGGGUCAGUCUAUGUGUAUGGAUGGUUUUGUCUCUGUAUGUAAGGGACAGUCUGUUUGUGUAAGAGUAAGUCUUGUUUGUAUCAGUCAGUCUGUGUGUGUAUGGGUCAAUUUGUGUUUGUAUGAGUCACCAUGUGUUUGUAUGGGUAAGUUUGUGUGUCAUGCCAAGACUGGUUUCUGCCUCUAUAAGGAGUUCAAGAAGGGUAUUUCCCUUGCAACAGGUCAGACCCCCUUUCCCCCCAGCUGUUCAUUGCUUUGAGACCUCAGUUGGGUCCCCCACUCUAGUUAAGGAUUAGGUAUAGGUCUGACAUGCCUAGUCCAUAAUCAGGCUGGACGGAACAAAAGAAACAAACCAAAAGUAUUUACUGGUUAGUAAAAUAUCCAAGAGCCUGCCAGUUAAUAUUUUUACUCGGUUGUCCUUACAUUAGGAGUUGCAGUGUCAGUGAGUUUGUGCAUGUCCACAUGGGAAAGUCUGUCAGUGUGGGUGUCAGUGAGAGCUUAUGUGUACCUGCAAGUUAAGAACUUGCCUCGAACACAUUUUAGAAUUUUCUUCUUUGGUGUCCCACUUAUGGGGACAUCACAGACAAGACUGUGUACUGUGCAAAACAAACACAGGGCCCUGCAACCAUGAUGAGCUGGUGGAGCUCUUUGGUGAGUUCCCACACUUUUUCCCCCCAGGACUGGCUCCCUGAAGAAGAUCUACUGCGGAUCAUGAGGCCACACUACAGAGAAUGACUGGUUGGAAGGGGGAGCUCUGUGUUUCUCCAUCCCACCUGUAAACCAUACUUUUGAGCCCUAGGCCCAUGUGCCCAAAAAUGGCAGCCUGUGAGACCUCAGUUAGCACCUUGAAUCCACCAUCUAGCCCAUUUCUGUCAGAGGGGGCUGGCUAUUUAUGUACAUAGGUCAUCUUAGGGACAGCAUAGAAGAGUUUUAGAAACUCCUACUGUGUCCAUAAAUUCCUGCAGUGCAUUAGAAUAAAAAUACUCCUAUAAAAAAUAUAAGGAUUGAGCCACUUUCUUGUUUGGUGUAUGUUUCUAUUAAUUCCUCCACAGUCCACCAUUUUCCAAAAAAUAUUAAUAGCAUAUGAAAAUCAUGAUUUUAUGAAUUUCAUGGAAAGUAAUAUGUCAAAUGUAUUUGAACCACUAGCAUACAGCCAACAAAUAAAAUACAACAAUAAAUUAUUGUUAUUAAUAUUGGUAUUUAUAUAGCGCCAGCUUAUUCCGCAGCGCUUUACAAUAAGAGAGGAAUUUACCAAAUGAGACAAUAACAAAAUGUAACAGGAACAAUAGGUAGCUGAGGUCCCUCAAACAAGCUUACAUGCUAGAGCUAUCGUUCUAGUACAUAUAUACAACUGGUAUUACAGUCCAGAUGAGCCAUUUACGGAACUUUACAAAGGGGCCAGCUAUGCAAGAAGUAAAGUGGAGGUAGAGAAGGUAGUGAACACCGGUGUACUGUUUUCUUCCAUCAGGAUCUUAGACAUUUUUAAGGGUGUUAGAUAAUUGCUAGGCAGGGAAAUGUUUGAGACACUCCAUGGACAGCCAGUACCUUUUUAUCUUGCAAGCAAGCAUUAUCCACAACUCAUAGUUUAAAACUGCACAUUCAACGUACUGCACCCAUACAACACAAUCAAUACAAGCCAAUCCCAUAGUGUCUAUCUCACAUAUUUCACCCAUAUAGAAUAAAUACCCUAGCUACAGAGAUAGCAUGCUAACCAGGAGCAAUAAACAAUAUAAUGCACUAGGUUACAGUAAUUAAAAAUACAAAUAUAUGAAGAUAAUAAUGAACACAGUUCUACGUCUAUCAAUGGGGUGUCCACUAGCAAAUAAAAAAAAAAACCAAAUGUUAAGUAUAUAUAUAUAUAUAUAUAUAUAUAUAUAUAUAUAUAUAUAAAAAUAUAAAAAUGUACAUUAAGGUGUAAAUAAUAAAAAUUAAAAAAAAUAGAUUAGUCCAAAAUUUCCACAGUGUUAAGAAAUAAAGAUCCUCUUAGGAUAUUGUGAUAAGUGUAACAAUAUGAUCUCAAUAUUGUCACAAGAUGGAUAAUGCAAGAAAAUUACAGCAAUAUAGAGAUGUUGUAAUAUUCAGACCUGUGCGCCAAAUAUUCUAGUACUCAUAUGGAUGAUAGGAGAAUUCAAUACCCUGUAUAUACUGAAGAAAAAAACCUCUACCUGUUAUAGGUACUAAAUCACUUGUGGGACUUAACGCUAUCAGAGUCUACAUGUUUAUAUAUAAUAUAAGAACUUUUGCACUCCUACCUCCAGCCAAAGAUACCGGUUGCUCAGCCACACUGUGAUAUAUGAAACAAACGUUUGCCAGCACUCAAAAUACUUUAUUGUCAAAUCGACGUUUCAGUCCCUAAUCCGGGAUGAAUGUCCUGAUGAAAGUCCCAGAUUAGGGACUGAAACGUCGAUUUGACAAUAAAGUAUUUUGAUGUUGGAAAUCCAGGAGUGCUGGCAAACGUUUGUUUCAUAUAUAUAUAUAUAUAUAUAUAUAAACAAUGCAAGGAUGAGGGCACUCACCGUUAUCCCAUUUCUGUGCACCACGCUGGAACCAAUAUAUAUCCAAAUAUUUUAGCAAAGAAAAGUGGGAACUCGACCGUCUUAAUUAGUGAAAAAAUAAACACAUUUUAUUGUGUAGCGUCAACGUUUCGGACCUGUUCGAAAGGAUCGAGAACAGGUCCGAAACGUUGACGCUACACAAAUAGGGUACUACAAGCAACAGCUUCCUACACAGGGAUCAUCUGACAGGCUUCUUCUUACUUCACUUAUUUGAACAUUUUAAAUUUUUUUAUUAAAAAAUUACUGUUUUGCAGUGAGCACUAUGGUUUCUUUUGUUUCUCUAUUACAGGUACUAAAUUACUUGUGGGAAUUAACUCUAUCAGAGUCUACAUGUUUGCAUAUACUCAUAUUUUCAGAAUAAUGGUUAUAUACAGGGUAUUGAACUCUCCUAUCAUCCAUAUGAGUACUAGAAUAUUUGUCACACAGGUCUAAAUUGCUGUAACUUUUUUGCAUUAUCCAUCUUGUAACAAUAUUGAGAUCAGAUUGCUACACUUAUCACAAUAGCCUAAAAGGGAUCUUUAGUCAUUGUGGACUAAUCUAUUUUUUUUUUUUAUUUACACCUUAUUUGACAUUUUAAUAUUUUAUAAAUUUUUUUAGAAAAAUUAUUCGUUUUUGGACUUGCUAGUGGAAGUUAUACCUUAAUGAUAGACAUAUUACUGUCUUUAUUAUUAUCUUUAUAGAUCUGUAGUUUUAAUUACUGUAACCUAUUGUAUUAUCUUUUUAGAAUGUAAUGUAGUGCUUCAGUGCAGGACCGUACUUAAUUCUUUUUAUGCACUUAUUUGUGCACUUUAUACACAGAAUAUUCAAAUACUUGCACAUUGCACUUUUUAUAUUGCACUUUUCAUUUAUUAUUUGCACUUAGUGUAUAUGUAUUAACAUUUCACAGUUUUUAAAGGUAUAGCGCACCUUUUUUUGAUUAUAAGGAAGGGAGCAGUGACUUGUCCUCCACGCCACUGGACCUCACCUCCACCUCACUUGAUAAAGUCACUUUGCCUUGUUACAGUUUGUCAAUGGCCUCUGCCUCUUAGUUAAGAUUGCACUUGUAUAUUUUUUAAUGUUCACAACAAAGUCAACUGACUUUGGACAAGCUCCUUAAAAACUGAGUUCUCCAAGGGUUCAGUCUAAAAAUAGGCAACCUUCAGCACUGCAGAUGUUUUGGACUACACCUCCCAUGAUGUUUUCCCAGCAUUAUGGGUGUAAGAGCAUUUUGGGGGAUGUAGUCCACAACAUCUGGGGUGCCAAAGGUUGCCUAUCCCUGCACUAGUGAAUUGAUACUAGUUGUCUCAUGCAGGAAACAGACAAGUGACCUGAAGAGUAAGGGGAGCAGUGAUUUGAAAAGAAAGGAGGAUAGUGAAAUGUGGAUGAAGAAAUCAGUUACUGGUCCUCUUCCUCCGCAUGUUGCUGGACCCCCUUUUUUUUUUUUUUUAACUUGUUACUGGCACUCUAUCUCCGCAACUAUUUUCUCUACUUCCUACAAAGGUCACUUGGCAUUGAGAGUAAGCAGAGCAUAACGUCUACUCCCAUUUGUCUUAUGGCUUUUUAUUUAUUUUUUUUUACACAAUUUACCUUCUUUAUCUUAAUCUCUCUAAAACUCUGAUGUUAUGGAUCGGAACUGAUAAAAAUCUAAUUUCUUUAUCUCAUAGAUUGUAUCUCGUUGUGACUUAAUGCUUCUAAUGGAAAUCAAAGACAACAAGGAUAAAGCAAUCCAUUCCUUGAUGGAUUUACUCAACAGGUAGAAUUUAAAUACUUUAACAAUACUGGCCAGACAAUCUGUGAGAUUUCUAUCAACAAUGACGGGAAGCUUAAUAGCUUGCCCUUCAGAUAGUCCCCCUAAUGUCUUAAACAAGUUGUGCUAUUAUGCAAGAGAACCUAAGCCUGUUACGUAUCAGAAUGAUCCCACCCAAAAAGGCAGGAUUAGUCAUAACUAAGGCAUCUGCCUAGGGCCACGGAAUUAGACAGGAGCCCUAGAACUUUUAGAAUGCUUUAGCCCAUUCACUAUCUCUAUAUGAAGAGUAAAUGCAGGGGCCCUAAACUGGCAAGGCAGGAUUAGUCAUAACUAAGGCAUCUGCCUAGGGUCACAAAAUUAGACAGGGGCCCUAGAACUUUUAGAAUGCUUUAGCCCAUUCACUAUCUCUAUAUGAAGAGUAAAUACAGGGGCCCUAAACUGACAAGGCAGGAUUAAUCAUAACUAAGGCAUCUGCCUAGGCCCAUGGAAUUAGACAGGGGCCCUAGAACUUUCAGAAUGCUUGGGCCCAUUCACUAUCUCUAUAUGAAGAGUAAAUGCAGGGGCCCUACGCUGGUAAACUUCCUUGGCCCCUGUGGAAUUGUAGUCUUUCUCUGCACAAAGGCAGUUUAGAUGAGGGUACAUUUUAUUAGAAUACCAGUCAGGUAAUAUAUGAGAACUCUUAAAAACAAUAUUGGCCAGAUGCAUUAUGAGAAUUCGUAAACACACUAUGGGCCAAGCAUUAUAGGAGAACACAAGGUAAAAGUAGAAAUUGCCCCCAAAAGAUGUUUAACUGCAGCAGCAUUAGUGGCUGUGUAAAAAAAAAACAAAAAAACAUCUAAUGUAUGUCACUCUGCCGAUCACAUUUACACUCUGACAAGAAUUUACAUAUUUUGCAGCCAAACAGAGAUGAAGGACGAAUACAGCUUAAUAAUAAGUAAAAGGCUUGGUCGGAACACAUACAAGGAGCAGUAUGCGUUUAUUUAUAGGUAAGUAACUACAGACUCUAUGUGGGCCUACAGAAAAAUGAAGCCAGUAGAGAAGUAGUUAGCCUGUAUAAUGAACCAACUUUAUUGUUCCGUACACAUCAUAAAAUAUUUAUAGAGGACUUAAAAUCACUCUGCACCUUAAGGUGGAAACAGUGGGAUAAAGUGAUAUUCAAAUGUAUUUGAAUCGAUCAUGAAAACUCAUCCUGAUUUUGUUGUGUGAUGUUGGGCGCAUGGCUUCUGAAGAAACAAAAAAACACUUACACUUUAGCUCCAAGCAUUAUCUGUCGGCUGUAAAAGAGAGCAAGCCAUAAAACAUUUUGUGAAUUUUAUACUGUGAAGUGUACAGCAUAUCACAUAUUCCAGCACCACUGACUGGUUAUUUUUUUUUUUUUUUUUAAACAGAGUUGGAAAGCACUCACAAAUGUAAAUGAAACAUACUUUGACUUCUCAUUCAUUCUUUUUUACAUGAGGGCAGUGUAUAAAUGCAUGCGCUGUUGUAAGUCACAUAAAAGUACAUUAUUAGGAAUUUCAGUCCGAUGGAGAUCUGUGAUAUUCUCAUACAUAUUGAAUAUUACUGUGGGUAUGAUUGUGAUGGAGCUCUGUUAUACGCCUAUAUACAGCUCACACUAAUGUGAGUUUUAUUAAACUAAGUGGCUAAGGAACACGGUGAUACAUCAAUACGCAGCAUUCAUCAUCAUGGUAUAUUUUAUUUCUAUGGAUCACUGGGUUCAAUUCAUAUAUGCUUCUUAACACAGAAUUUUCAUGUUGGGAGCACUGUGAUGCCCUCACACAUACCUCAGUUUGCUGGGAGUUUUUUUUGCAAUGGAGCUCUGUGAUCCACUUAUGAACAUCAUCCAUAACUGGUAAUAACCGAGAUAGUGUCACGGACACCGCAUGGUAUUUGUAAGUAAUUUUGUUGUGGAUCUAGGUAUUCUAAUACUCAAUAUAUACCACUGUGAGUUUUCCUACUGGAAUUCUGUGAUAUUCUCAUACAUUUCCAUUGUUCUGAGUACCUAAAAAAGAUUGACAAAAGAAUUAGGACCAGAAACUCAUUUAAGAUUAACUAUUUACACUACACAGAACUUGAUAUUUUACUUUUGCGCGUCAGGUGGGUUUUUACUGUCCCAGCUAAAUUAUACAUUAUUGAUGCAUCUUGUGCUACAGUCAUUUAUACUAUUUUGGUUUAUUUACACCAAGGAAUCAGCUCGUCUCGGUGAAGGAAACCUAUCAGUACCAUGACAUGCAGCCUGGAGAUCCAGAUGCAUUUUCCAGAGAACCCUUUAUCGUUUGGUUCAAAGCCCCUAAAACUGGUAAGAGCAUUAAGGGUACUUUGCACAUUAACCAACAAAUUUAAUACAUAGUACCGAGGUAUACAAGAAGGACAAAGUAAUUCUUAGGCAAAGCUCUUACGUAGAGCAAUCACCAUGGAAACCAUAUUGCUUAUAUUCAAUGGGAUUUUAUAAGAGGGAACCUAAUGCGCAUUCACAAUGAGUGCCGUACAGGCAUAUAUUCGUAUAUAUGUGAUUAUUUCCCAACUCAACUCUUUUUUUCCUAAAGUAAACUAGUUCAUAUUUAGAACUUAAAUAACUAAAAGCUUCCAUUCUCAUUAUUUUUUUAUUCUUUAGUGGAGAAACAAAUACAUUUUCAUUUACUCACAUAGUUGUCAGCAAGCUUUACAUUACAUCAGUCUCUGAAUUGCAGCAUCCAACUGUACAAUAUUACAGUGCAAAAAGGUAACAAACGUAAAAAUAAAACACAGGGUGGGGGGGAAGGAGUACCAUCGCAAUGAGAUCAGAGUAAGCCCUAUGGCAGUAACCUGUGUGCUGUUGUGAAGGAAAAGUCUCAACAAGGGUCCCAAACUUUCUAAAAGGCUGGAAAUGUGUUUUGUAUGGUGGUCAUCAGUUGUCCAUCAGCUGGUGGUCCUCAAUGUCUGCUCCCUUAAGGAAGGGGCUGAAGCUGUCAACCAUGAUGCGGCAAUAGCUCCUCUGGCAACAAAAUGAUUUUAUUGAGGAGUUUCUGUGAUUUCUUUGGGAAGACCCUCUAGUAGUUGUUCCUGGGCUUUAAGGCAUAAUUAAACCAUUGCCACUGCCUCCCAUAUGUCUUCCCUUACUUCAACCUCACCCCCAAGAUUUUGUGCCCAUCGUGCGACGUAUCUCAUUGGGCCCCAGACAGUGGAGUGAGAGCAUAUGUACAAACAUAACUGAGACACUAAUCCCUUCUGACAGUUUCCUUAAAGGAACAAUAUUUUAAAUGGUGUGGGGCACUGUUUUUCUGCUCUACGCACUGCUGGCUGAAUGGCAAAAUCUCUGAACUGUAUAUAUCAAAAAAGGUCCCUAAGUGUUUGUAGGGGCUGUAUUCUUCUGGGCUCAUAGGUAGUUACUGCGGAAUGGUAACGCUGUAUCCCCACUACCUCUAUAUUCCUAAAAUCCUGUUGUAGCAUUCUGGGUGGGGGGAGGGUUUUGAAAUAUCUAUAACUAAGGAUUGGGAUCAUUGGUGAAGAGCCAGAAGUAAAUUGGAAUUUUUAUUUUAUCCUGUCCCAAAUGGAGGGACGUCAGAAUCGAUGGGCAUAUUGUGCGUAGUAGGGCCCUCUGGGGUUUAUUUAGCCACAUGUAGUACUUAAAGAGAUCCAACCCCAUCAAAUAGGAUUCAUAAUCCUCUCACCUUCUCUCCCCUGGUGGAGCAUGCCACAUCACCAUUUGUGCAAGCUGGGGUGAAUAGUUGUACGUCAGUAAGUUCUGUGCUAUACAACAUAUUCGUUUGUAGAACAUAUUUCUCGCCAACCUGUGUCUCUUAUUACCACUCAUGAAAAAGUCUAUUACCUUUUGAGGAGCCUCCAGAUCCCGCUUAGUGACCUACAGCAGUAGGACCUGGAACAGAUAGAGCAACCUUGGUAGGAUUCCCCUUAUUCAUUCCACUUUUGCAUUAUGUUCAGUUCCAUAACAUCUUUCUUUAAAAUAGAUGUCCAAAAUGGUACCUUAUUUAUGGGUGGCUCUUACCAUUGAUUCAUAAAGAUGCAAAAUGAUCUGUUUUGUGAAUUAAUACCCGUUUUUGAGCAUGACUAUAUUUUACUGGUUUUAGCAACUGCUACAUGACCGUGCACAUUGUUGCAUACCCUGUUGUCUAUAAAUAUUUCCAAAUACUUAUUUUUUUCCCCUAACUUAGUACCAUUUAAGAUUUACGGUGUUUGUGCAUUCCUCACUCCAAAAUUCAUAACUUUGCAUUUAUCUACAUUAAAGUUCAUCUGCCACUUGGAUGCCCAGUCACCAAAUCUGUACUAAUCCCUUGGAACCGCAACAUAAUAUCCUUCUCACACUGUAUUACUUUGCCUAGUUUGUGUCAUCUGCAAACACAAAUGGGCACAUUACAGUCAAGACUUAUUGCAAGAUCAUUAAUAAACAGAGAAGUUAAGCCAGACAUAUGUGGAAAUCAAAGAACAAGAAUUUUCAUCUACACCAAUUGCUUUUAAUUUGUACACUAACUGCUUAGGAGAAACUGUAUGAAAGGCAUUAGGAAAAUCCAAAUAUAUCACAUCCAUUGCAAUUCACUGAUCCAAACUUUAACUGAAUUCUUUAUAGAUAGUUUGACAUGAUCGGUCUUUUAUAAAGCCAUGCUAAUACUGUGAACCGUAUCAGAUUCUACAACAUAUUUUAUGACAUUAAAAGGAAUAUAGUUAAUCCUCCUGUCCUCAUGCGCCAUCACUAAACAAGAUAAAAUAUUUGAAAAUAUACAAAGUGAGAUGCAAGGACAAAAAAAGACACAACCUGUUGCAUGUUGAGGAAUUUGUUCUAAGCACAAGAUAAAAUAUUUGAGCAAGUUCUGUUUUUCCACCCUUAAUCAAGCACGGACAGGGCUCGGUUAUAUUCCAUAAGGGAAACCACUGUCUUCUUUAUUUAUGUUUUCUCUGGUCUAAUUUUGGACAAUGUCUAGUUUGUUUAACCCACUUAUCUUUGAUAACCAAAGUUCUCUAAUUUACUAAUUUGGAAAUUUGUUAAAAUCCUCUCUCAGGUUUUAAGUUUCUCCUUUCACAAGUAACUAUUUCCCUUUUAUUCCACGACGAAGAAGUGAAAGAGUUUGUCAUCAUCCCUCAGCACACAACUCCUGAAGCCGCCGUUCGAGAGAUCGAUGAACUAUAUGAUGUUCACCUUGAUGUAAAAGAGAAAUGGAAAUCAGAGGUAAAACUAACACUGUAUUCACUGUUGAUUGAAGUGGAACUGCAGGGAAUUUCUGCUAGCUACGCCCUGCAGUGCAGCAAGCUGUAGUUGUUAUGGUCAGCAGCGGAACUAACUUUUGCUCUAUGGGGGGCCAACACUUUUUUCCUACCAGGGCCCUCUCUUCUUUAGUUUUGUCACUGGUUAUGGUGCUUUAAAGGAACACUAAAGAGUUAAGAAUAUAAACCUGGAUUCCUAAUGCACUAUUGUCCCUGUCCCUUUGUAUAUUAACUUCUCCCCCAAUGAGCAGGGGAAUUUUAGGAAAUUUCAAGUUUGUCUCACGUUUUUCCUCAGCGCUGAUGCCUCUCCUUCUCCCGCAAUGUCACAGCGGAGGCAUGGCCUCCUCCAGGGUGGUCCAAUCUAAUGCUCCUCACAUUGGAUCAUUGGCAACCUGAUGCACAUCUAGUCUUCCCCAUUGAAAGCAUUGAAUAAAUGCUAUCCUUUGGGGGCCUCCGCUUUACGUGACAAGAGCUACGAAAGAUUCCUUUCUGAAAUGAACUAAGUCAAAUUAAACACACGGUGCUAUAAAGGAAAUACAACUGUAUUCUAUACAACAGUACACAUAGAGGUUUAGUCUAAAAGUAGAAUAACCACCAUGAAAUCAUGAUCACCAUUGAAACUCACAGUACGUUCUUGCUGAUUGCUCCACUUUAAAAAGGUUGUCCCCUAAUUUGUUAAACCCCAUUGUAUCAUACUAUCUUCAUAGAUAAUUAGCUAGUUGUACUGAUGUGGUUCUAACAUUAACAAUACUUUGCAAGCAAUAUGUAACAUAAUUUACUUUUUUUUUUUAUCUUAUAGAAUUUUAUUUUCAUGGGUGAUUUCAAUGCAGGUUGUUCCUAUGUUCCCAAAAAACACUGGAAGAACAUACGGCUGAGGUCUAAUCCAGAGUUUAUCUGGCUAAUUGGGGACAACGAUGAUACAACAAUUAAGAGCACCACCAACUGUGCAUAUGACAGGUAAUAGUUCUACAAUAAAAUAAAUAAGCCCAGAAAGCACACUUAAAACUCUCUAAAAGCAAUCUAAAAACAUUACAAUGAUUAAAGCUAUAAAAAGUGCUCAAACACGACAACACAAUUCCCUUAAAUUACAGUGAAAUCCCAAUUCAUAAAGUGCCCGCACGAACAGAGUUAUUAUAGAAUAAACCAUUGUGAAAAGCAUGAAUUAUAACAUUAAUAUUUUUUUUUUAAAUAAACACAGCAAUUUAAAAUAUGAAAUCUAAACUAAUUCUAUAAUGCACUAAAGUAACAUAGAUAUUUGCUCCAUUAAGGAGUUACUCCAACCAAAAAAAAAAUGCUUUAAUUAAAUAUUGUUUUUUUAUUUAAGUAAACUUCACCGGUAUGGCUAGUUACACCUCGUGUGCACAUGAAUUUGAAACAUGACUUUGGCAACGAUGUUCUGGAUAGCCAAAUGUCAAUUCUUUGCAAAAAAAAUAUAUAUCCUUGUCGACAAAGUUCACUGUUCACAGACAACAGACAUUCUGUCCUUGUUACGAGUACCAGGAGUCUGCCUAUAAGGGGAAGCUUAAGUCUUCCCUUCCUUUUUUAAAAACUAAUUUCCUAGCUUGUCCAUCCUGCACUCUCUACUUCACUCUUUCGACUCACCAGCUCAGAGAGCAUGCGCUUAUAUGUUCUCAGCAUUGAAAACUGUCCAGGGCAUUUGAUUGGACCGCAAAGUGACGUGGCAUGAUUCAAGUUGGGUUGUAGAAUCAAUAGAUCCCAUUGGAACUAAGCUUUUUUUUUUUAUUUAUUAAAACAAUUUAAUUGAAAAAAAAAGAGUGAAAAAGAGUAGUAAGCCUUUUAUAAAAAUGUGCUUUCAUUAAAAACAUUUUAUUAAACCUUUUAUUUUAUUUCCAGCUUAGAAUCCGUGAGAAUACCUCUUUCAAACAGAGUAUGCUGUUGGCUUCUUUUUUUUUCAGGAUCGUGGUUCAUGGGGAUAAGAUGAUGAAAUCUAUAGUCCCUGACUCAGCCAGUGUGUUUGAUUUCAUAAAAGAAUUUGGACUGACGGAAACUCAGGUACCAUGAUUUGAUGAUGGGUUGCAAUGUGGGAGCAGAUAAUUGAACCAAGUAGUGUCUAAUGGCAAUUUCAAUGCUGUUCAAUAGAUUUGCAAUGGAGGUCCAGCAUUUUACUUGUGUCGGUUUCCUUCUACAUCCUAUUGAGUAAAAAUAUAUUUCUACCUAGUCACCAUGCCUCGUGGUACUGAAAUUAGGAACACUAAAAUCUGUGACUCUGGUUGCACUCUAUGAACCGUGGCUCCACAAUUAUAAUCCAGUGACUCCAGCAACUAGUAUUGUGGAAUAGAACAGGGUUUCCCAAGUACCCCCUACCAGUCCAGGAUUUAGGGAUUACCCUGUUGUGUCUAACAUGUUUUUUUUUUUCUUAAACAUCUUAGACACAUAACUGAGUAAUCCCUAAAUCCUGGACUGUAAUGAAGUAUUUAAGGACUGGGUAGGGGACAACUGGAAAAAAGAUUGUUAAAUUAGUAUUUUGUACGAAUACACUUUGCUAUAUGCCUUAUGAUUGUUCUAGAGACUCCUAUCUUAACUUUUUGCUGGAUCACUCUCAAAAAUGGUCUCACUGGUGCAAUGGUGCAAUGGUGCAGAAGAUCAGCGUUGCAUCUUGUAAAUCAGUGACCAAUUUGAAUUGUACUAUUGUACAUACUUUGAAAGACCCAUUGAAACCAUUAUUUCCAAACUAGCCACUGUGUUCGGGUUCUUUUUAUUGUUUGGUGUAUGUCUACCCUAAGCUUUGUGUAUACCAUCGUGUCCCUAGGAAUCACAUUAAUGUGCGUCUGUUUGUUUGUUGUUAUUUUCAGGCUCUGGAAGUCAGCGAUCACUUCCCAGUGCAGGUGCAAAUCAAAAAAGCCAAAAAUUUUGUGGAUAAAACCAAAUCUUUCUUCAAAAAGAUAAAAGACAAAAUUUCAGGAAAGUGAUCAUUUCAACAAUAGUUACCUGUUUGGCACUAUAUCCUGUACUAUGUAGUUAUCCUGUAAUAAUAAUCAUGAUAUAUAAUGCACAUGACCCAAAAAAUUGUGACAAAGGCACAUUAUUAUUAUUUUUUUUAAAUAGUAAAAGAGAAACGUUUUGACGCAAUGGAAAGACAUAAAAUAACGUAAAGCUAGUAAAUAUUACAUAUAAAAAUAAAUUAAUGUGGCCAAGGGAAAAACUUAAAGGGACAGUAUAGUCACUAAAAUAACUUUAGCAGUUUUGGUGUAUAGAAUUUGCCCCUGCAGUCUCACUGCUAAAUUCUCUGCCAUUUAAGAGUUAAAUAACCUUGUUUAUACAGCUCUAGUUACAGCUCCCUGCCUGACUUACACAGCCUUCCUAAACAUUUUCUUUAAAGUGAGCUCUAAUGUUUAAACUUCCUUUAUAGCACAGUGUGUUUAAUCUAGAAUGUUGUAUCUGUUAACAGCCUUCUAGAUCCUGCAGGAGCCCUGUGUUAAUUAAAGUUUAAUUUACAGAACAGGAUUGUGAUUGAAAAUGAAACCAUUUUAAUAAAACCUUCAUGCAGACUGUGUCAGUCACAGCCAGGGGAGGUGUAGAUAAAGCUGCAUGGACAGAAGCAAUGUAGGUGUGAUUGUGUAAGACACUGACCCACAGGAAAAUGGAGCUCUUGAUAGGUACAAUUCUGCACCAAAUACUCACAUGCACCAAAUACUCACAUGAGUUCAUUAUAGAUGUUAUAUUUGUUUUUCUGUGGCUGUCAGAUAAUCCUAUAGAUAAAGCUCUCGUCAGAGCUUAAAGGACCACUAUAUGCACCCAGACCACUUCAGCUUAAUGAAGUGGUCUGGGUGCCUGGUCCAUCUAGGAUUAACCCUUUCUUCUAUAAACAUAGCAGUUUCAGAGAAACUGCUAUGUUUACAAAUGGGUUAAUCCAGCCUCUAGUGGCUGUCUCAUUGACAGCCGCUAGAGGCCCUUCCGUGCUUCUCACUGUGAUUUUCACAGUGAGAAGACGCCAGCGUCCAUAGGAAAGCAUUGAAAAUGCUUUCCUAUGGACUGGCUGAAUGCGCACACCGCUCCUGCUGCGCAUGCAGCCAGUGACGGCGAAGAGGAGGAGGAGAGUUCCCCGCCCGGCGCUGGAGAAAGAGGUAAAUUUAACCCCUUCCACCCCCUAGAGCACGGCGGGAGGGGGACCCUGAGGGUGGGGAGGACCUAGAGACCCUAUAGUUCCAGGAAAACGAGUAUGUUUUCCGGCACUAUAGUGGUCCUUUAAAUGCAUUUCAGUGUACCACCACUUGCUUACAUUAGCCUAAUUUGUUUUGUCAUAUUACAUGAAUGUUCUGCUUGCGCGUUGUGCAGCUCUGUGAUAUAUUAACUGAUUCCUUUAUAAAUAAAAUGAUACUUGCAGGCAAACAGAUGGAAGAUGGGUCUCUGGCUGCCUUAAUUAUUAUGGACUGCAGAGUCGACAGCUGGGUAACUGGACAUCCUUUCAGGAGAAUGGUGCAAUAACUCAGGAGUGAAAUAGUUACUGCUUAAAUAAAGCUGUAAACUGAGGGAUCUGGAGAAAUACUAGAGGCUCAGCAUAAAUGGUGACAGCAGAAUCAAUUAGGAAAAUCUAAAACUGCAAUAACUAUUAUAGGAUCACUAUAGUUUUAGGAAUACAUACUUGUAUCCCUAACCCUAUAGUGCCCCAGUCCCUAGUUCUAUAUAGGUCAGUGCCGUUGUUUCCCAUAAAAAUUUGUAAAAUCAAAGUUUUAUUCAUCUCUCUAUCUCCCAUGGUGCCAUUGAGGAGGCAUGGCCUCCUCCCUGAUAAUCCAAUCCAAUGCUCAAAGAAAAGCAUUGUGGUCCAGAUGCCAUGAGUGGCGAGCUCAGUGCACACAUACAAGCUUCCCCUUGGGAAAGCAUUGUAUUCAGUGCUUUCUGGUGAGCUUCCGUGUCACAUGAGUUAUAGACACAAUGAGGUCACUGAUAUUAUUGGAGCACUGUCAGGACUCGGAUCAGGGAGGACCAUCCAGACUUAGGUUGCUAAAUGCCCUGAUGAACCAGCAUUCAAUCCUGCCUUAUAUUUACUACCUGACUAGGUUUAACAUACCUGAAAAACACCUAUUUCAUCAGCGAUACUCUUUCGACUUACUCUUUCCAGUUUAAGGUCAAAAGAAUAAAAUAAGUAUUCAUAAUCAUGCCCAUAAUCAUAAUAAAUUGUAUUAUUACUUUAUCAUUAAAUUUGUUUAUGAACUUUUCCUACGUUUCCUUUAUUAUCGUCAUUCAGCAAUCAGAAAACUGGUGCAAGGAUCAAAUUGUUGUAGGAGACAUUUCCCAACACAUC